AUGCAUUCACGAUUGGCUCGGUGUAUUUGGGACCAAAGAGUCACUGUGACCAUCGAUGCUAGCCAAGCAAUCGGCAAUUACUGGAUGAACGUGUCCUUCUCAAACACCUUCGGCUGUGGAACCUCCAACAAUCCUACUCCGGCAGCUAUCUUCAGCUACAUUGGUGCAAACAACUCUCUUCCAACCAAUCCAGGCGCCACCCCGCCCGACUCUCUCUGCGCAGACAAUAUGAACUUGGUACCUAUUGUCAAGCGCACAGCUCCCCUCAGUGCUUUCGAUGCCCUUCAAGAUAACCUCUUCGUCAACUUCGUCACCGAUGGCACGACCUCAAAGGUCUUCUGGCAAGCCAACGGUUCCUCGAUUUAAGUGGACUGGAGCAAUCCAACACUUCUUCAAGUGAAGAACAACGCCCAAACCUUCGCCUCAAAUGUGAAUCUCAUCAAAGUGCCUCAAGCCAACAUCGCAAGUGUCUUGUCCUCUCCAUUUCCACCAAAUCUGCUUCCUGGCAAUAUCUUAGUGGAGCGUCUGCUGAUCCAAAAUCUGACUCCUGUCCCCCACCCAAUGCAUCUCCACGUAAGUUC